AUGAGUGACACAGAUAAGAAAGAUAAAAUCGUAUUCAUUAAUAUGUCUUCAACACGGCGAAUACGUGUUGGUCUAAUCGGUUUUGGCGUAUCAGGCCGAGUAUUUCAUGCCCCGUUUAUGCAUACUAUGUCGAAUAUGUAUGAAUUGCGAAGUGUGGUAGAACGACAUGCAAAUGAAGCAGAAAAAAUUUAUCCGUAUAUAAAAACAGUUCGUUCGACAACGGAAUUGUUUGAUGAUCCAGAUAUUGAUCUAGUCAUUAUAACGACAUCAAAUGAUUUGCACUAUUCUUUGAGUAAAGAAGCAUUAGGAAAAGGCAAACAUGUUGUUGUUGAAAAGCCAAUGACGAUUCGAAGUUCCGAAGCAUUGGAAUUGAUUGAAUUAGCGAAGGAAAAACAAUUGAUCAUUUGUCCUUAUCAAAACCGUCGGUACGAUUCCGGUUAUCGUACAAUUAAGAAAAUUAUUGAAAAGAAACUGUUAGGCGAUGAAAUCUUAGACUGUGAAAUACAUUUCGAUCGUUAUCGGCCAGAAUUAAAACCUGGCAAUGUAUGGCGCGAAAGAAAUGAACCUGGUGCUGGUAUAUUCUAUGACUUAGGUUCACAUUUAAUCGAUCAAACAUUGAGUUUAUUCGGACAGCCACAAACAAUUACUGCUGAUAUACGAACACAACGACCAACAGCAAAUAUUGAUGAUUAUUUCGAUGUUCGACUUGAUUAUGGGCGUUUACGUGUUACACUGAAGUCUAGUAUGCUUGUUCGCGAAAUGGGCCCACGGUAUGUUCUACAUGGCCCAUUAGGUUCUUUCAUCAAACACGGUGAUGAUAUUCAAGAAGGUGUGCUUCGAAAUGGGGCGAUGCCCUCAACUUUAAAUGAAGAAAGCGAUUGGGGAAAGGAGCCCGUGGAAGAUUACGGUCUUCUCCAUACAGAAAUUAAAGAUGGACGAAUAACGAAAGAGAAAUACCCAACAGUACGUGGACAUUAUGGUCUUUUCUAUGAGCAAUUGUAUGCAGCUAUUGUUCUUGGAAAAAAGUUAGAGAUUCGGCCGGAAGAUGGAUAUAAUGUCAUACGAAUGAUCGAACUGGGCUAUCAAAGUAGUCAAGAAAAGAGAACAGUGCCAUGUGAUCGACUUUUAUAG